AUGAUGGAGCCCACUGGACCACAGCGUCCCCCAGUGGUGACAUCAGAAAAACUCCCUGCUAUAGUUCACUAUGGGCCUGAGCUAAAGGAGCCACCAAAUCCAGAUGUGAUCACAAUCACAGAAGGAGACACUCUACACCUGAACUGCUCCUCUGUGGGAAACCCCAGCCCCUCAUACACCUGGACACUUCCAACAAAUAGUCCUUCCUACAGUGGCAGCGUUCUCACUAUUAAAUCUGUCGGCUUUGAGCAUGAAGGACAGUAUAUCUGCACUGUGAGCAACACAGUAGGGACUGUCACCAAGGAGUUUAACAUUGAUGUACAAGUCAACUCCAUCCCAUAUAUAAUAGCUGGGAUGAUACUGGGAGCUCUGGUCCUUGUCGGACUGUCAGUGGGAUGCUACUGCAAACACAACUGAAUGGGACACAGCAAACUCAGUAAAAUUAUUGUUAGUAACAGC